GACUGCUGAGUCCACGGCUACCGAAAGGACCCAAACAACAUGUACCGGAAAUGUGAGAGCUUGAAGUAAACAUUGGAGUUAAUUCUUGAAUUGUAUGAUUUACAGGUGUUUCAGACCCCGCAGCAGUGGAUAAAAUGAACAGCGUGUCCCCUGAGGUCGCGCUGCACCGCAUCUCACCCGAGCUGCGGCCCUUGCUGUCCAGCGUCGUGCGGAAUGGACGCGUGGGACUCGACUCCACGAGCCUGCUCCGUGUCACAGACCUCAAAACUGGUUGUACGUCUCUGACCCCCGGCCCCUGCUGCGAUCGCUUCAAGCUCCACAUCCCCUACGCUGGAGAAACCCUCAAGUGGGAUAUCAUAUUCAAUGCACAGUAUCCUGAAUUGCCGCCAGAUUUUAUUUUUGGAGAGGAUGCCGAGUUUCUCCCCGAACCCUCUGAACUGCCGCACUUGGUCCGCUGGGACGCUGGGGAUCCGGAAUGCUUGCUGCAGCUGGUGAAGGAGCUUCUGCAGCAAUACCACCUCUACCAGUGCCAGCGUCUGCGCGAGAGCUCCAGGCUGCUCUUCGAGUACGACAGUCUGCUGGACGAUCCCAACUACGGCCGCAACAUGGAGAUCUAUGCCGGGCGCAAGAACAGCUGGACAGGAGAGUUUUCAGCCCGUUUCCUUCUAAAGCUACCCGGGGACUUCAGCAACAUCCCUGUCUAUCUCCUGAAGGACACAGCGGUGGACCCUGGAGAGGACGUGGCUCUUCUCUCUGUGAGCUUUGAGGAUGCUGAGGCCACCCAAGUCUUCCCAAAACUCUACCUCUCUCCCAGCAUUGAACAUGCUUUGGGAGGCUCCUCUGCACUUCAUAUCCCAGCAUUCCCCAGUGGAGGAUGCCUAAUUGACUACGUCCCCCAAGUGUGCCAGUUACUCAACAACAAGGUGCAAUAUGUCAUCCAAGGCUAUCACAAGAGGAGAGAGUACAUCGCAGCCUUCCUCAGCCACUUCGGAAUGGGCGUGGUGGAGUAUGAUGCCGAGGGAUUCACAAAGCUGACUCUCUUACUGAUGUGGAAGGACUUUUGCUUCUUAGUACACGUGGACCUCCCGCUUUACUUCCCGAGGGACCAGCCCACCCUCACCUUCCAGUCCGUGUACCACUUCACCAGCAGCGGCCAGCUGUAUUCUCAGGUGCAGAAGUCGUAUCCUUACAGCCCUCGCUGGGAUGGCAAUGAGAUGGCAAAGAGGGCAAAGGCGUACUUCAAGGGCUUCAUUCCUCAGUUCCAGGAGGGAGCCUUUGCCAACGGGAAACUCUAGUACCCUCCUGGUGGGCUGCCUGAGGGAGUGUGUGUUUUGUCCUGUGUACCUGUAUGCACAGACUUUAUAUCUAUGGAAGUGUUCUGUACAUGGACAGCACAGUGACAAUGUUUUGCACACAGCUUCUGCAAAUUCCACAUUCUUUCAACUUGCCUCUCAUUACUCUGGUUUUAUUUGAGUUAUGGUGUGAAGCCACUUUGGUGUAGAAGUCUACAAGAUGUCAUGACACUGCAUCACGCUACAUCAACAACAAUAUAAUAACAAUAUAGCAGACGCAUUUAAUGGGAUUGGGCUGAAAUGAUAUGAAUGACCUUUAUUUUGAAGAGAAACUCCAAACUUCGACAGGAAGACGAUCAACCUCUUCGAUCCAGAGUUGCCUCGCUGUGAAAGAUCUUUGAUGGAAUGUAAACUAUGACUACAUGUUAAUCACAAAGAGCUGUUGGGACAAGGCAAAAUACCAUUGUUUACCAUUUGUUUGUAUUGUCGAUCUCAAGCGUCAUGUUUAGCUCCACUGUCGAUGUAGAUAUGCUCUUUUAAUGCUCCAUUUGACCGUUCAAAGCCCUGUGAAGUCUAUUACUGACAGCUUGACGGACAGUACUGUAAAUGUUUAGUAAAACGUUCUAUCCAUUAAAGAAUUCUGUUUCCCUGUGA